AUGAUUAAGGAGUUAAUAAAUAGUUUCGUUUCUCCUUCUGAGGGCGGAAAUGGGAAAGAAGCCACCAAUUCCUCACCCUCAGACUCUAAAUCUAAAAAUCCCGUGUACCAGUUCAAGUUAGUAAUACUCGGCGACGCCUCAGUUGGUAAAAGCUGUCUUGUUGGUCGAUUUGUUAAAAAUACUUUCAUGGAAUUCCAAGAAUCCACUAUCGGAGCUGCUUUCAUGACACAAACUGUAAAAUUAGAUGAUUGUAACGUUAAAUUUGAAAUUUGGGACACUGCAGGGCAAGAGCGUUAUAGAACAUUGGCUCCAAUGUAUUAUAGAGGGUCUGCUGCCGCAAUAAUUGUGUAUGAUAUUACUUUGAAGGACUCUUUUGACCAGGCCAAAAGCUGGAUAAAAGAGCUUAAAUCUCACGUGGAACCUAAUAUUAUCCUAGCACUUGCUGGCAAUAAAGCUGACUUAGAAGAUCGCAAAGUUGAUACUGAUAUGGUACAAGAUUUUGCGUCAGCGAAUAAUUGUUUAUUUAUGGAGACCUCUGCUAAAACUGGUCAAAAUGUCCACAAACUCUUUACUGAAAUUGCGAAAUUGAUACCGAAGUGUAAGAGGUUGAGUGAGUUCCAUGAUGGGUUUAAGAUGGAAAACCGAACAAGUCUCAACAAGUUCAAAUGCUGUAAUAACUAA